CGCAGCUACUCAAUUACUCUCAGACCGCCGGCGGGGAAGAACGCCACCUAUGCAGCUGCUGGCCAUGUGGGGGUCAUGCAUCGUCCCAGUUCAGUCCUUUGAUUCUGCGAAUCCGCCCAAGAUGCUGCGGUAUAAAAGCCAGCUUCAUAUGCCGCGGUGGCCGUCCCUUUUGCUCGAUCAUCAUGAUCCUCAAAAUACGCAUCUAGUAGUGUAUCUUGUAUCAUCCUUCAGCUGCGCCCGCGCUAUUUACUUCGCAAUCAUGGAAACCGGGCAUGCUCCUUUAGCGCUACACUGGACAUUUGGUUUCAGUCGAAAUAUUGCUAAUGGAGUCCAUUCCCUGAGCAACGGACAAUCAAGCAGCGUGUUUUACCCAUCAGCCAAUACUGGAGUCGUGUACGACUAUGUUAAGCGGAGCCAGAAACUUCUGCAGGGUCACUGUAAUCAGAUCGCGUGCGUCGCGUUGUCGAAUGACAAGCAAUGGCUAGUCACCGCGGAUUCCGGACAGGACUCUCUCAUGGUGGUGUGGAAUACUAGGACUGGCAAUCCCACAAAGACAAUGUUCAAUGCAUAUUCACUAGGGGCAAUUAGUGUUGAUGUGUCUUGGGAUAGUUCAUAUCUUUCAGUUCUUUCGGCGCCCGACGAACAGAGUGCAUCGGGGAUGUCACAAUAUAUAUCUAUAUGGGAGCUGAAAAGCAGUAGUGAAACUCCGCUUUUCACUGAUGAAGUCCCACCGGAUGCGUUCCAGACAACUGUACGUUUCCACCCACUCGAUGCGCAUGUGCUAAUCUCGAAUGGGGCUUCGCAAGUGUUUUUUUGGUCGUGGGACGACGGAUUCUCAUGUUACGCACCUCAUUUUUCUCGGCGAGAUUUUCGUCAGACGAUUGGCCAGCUAACAGUCUCAGCUUUUUUGCCGGGGACUUCGCAAGCAGUCACUGGGACUUCCGAUGGCGCCAUAAUCCUUUGGGACCAUCCAACUGGUAUCUCGGCGCCGGAGCCGCAAAAUUCCAAAUCGAGCUAUGAGAGAAUCGCUGUAAAAAUUAUGCGCCUGUGUCACCAGAGCAUCAACCACCUGUCCACUGUGGGUGCCUACUUUGUAGUUGCAGGGGACGAUGGUUCAGUUAGGUUGUACGACUUCCUUUUCCGCUUAGAAGCCUGGUUCGAAGAUAUUGAUGCAGGAGCAAUUACGUCCGUGUCUUUCACUAUACCAGUCACGCCGAAUCAGACAGGCACUCGAGACCAAUCGCGGCCUUCACCUGAUCUGAGCCUCGCUAUAACCGAAAAAGAGCAACUUCAUAGCUCUUCAAUUCAACAGCCCCGUCGGCCGCCAGUGCAAGAAUUCUUCGUCGGUACAAGAUCGGCAACAAUUGUGGCAUUGGACCUUGCAUGCUUCCAAGCAACUGAUCCUUCAAACCGUCGCGGUACUGUGCUAAUUCAGGGGAUGUCUGAUCAAGUUCACAGUCUUGCAGCGCAUCCAAAAAUUCCUUUGCUGUUGAUAGCCUGCAAUUCUGGCGCUUUGUAUCUCUGGGACUACGAUUCCAAGCAUCUACAAACAAUCAGGGUCUUCGACGUGACUCGCCUCCAACCAUGCUCGGUAGCCUUCGACCCGGCUGGCAGAUUUGCAGUUGUGGGGUUUACUUCAGGGAUAGUAAAAAUUUUGGAUGCUCACACCCUAAGCGAGAUAGGUGCCUCGUUCAAGGUGACCAAGGAUGCCAUAUCUGCUCUAACAUUCUCACAGGAUAGUCAAUGGCUUGCUCUUGCGGAUUCGUCUCAUACCGUGGCACUGUGGAGAUUUGCAAAUACAGAUAGCAACGAUACGAACACCAGAGAAUUUCCACCAACAUCUAGGCACAAGGAACCUCUCCGGGAUCAAUCUUGGAUUUACAUCGGCCGCUAUCGUUCACAUGUUAAAGAGAUUACUGGCCUUGAAUUUGGCAGUCGUGGAAAUGACACGAUAACCCUCGUGUCCACUUCCGCAGACAGAACUCUCCUUGAGUAUGACCUGAGCAUAAGUUCUGUUGAAAACGGUCUUUGUUUGCAAAGUCCACCCUGUCUUCUCGAGGAGACGGCAAGACCUACCGCCUGUCUUUGGCACCCAAAUCUUCGUGGCGAUUUUGAAGACCGAAUCAUUACGUGCAACACUGAUCUUAAGUUGCGUCAAUGGAAUGCAAACAAUAAGCAGUGUAGAUGUACAUCGCUCGGACCAACAUAUGGGGGCCCGAUCGUAAAACUCUCAGGACUAAUGCAGGCAAGAAAUCGUGACAUUGGAAAUGUUCAAUAUGCACCUUCUGAUUUCCUUGCUUAUUCUACAGUGAGCAACGUUGCUGGCUUGAUAAAAUUGCCGCUGGAUGGUAACCCCAACAAAACGAUCGGCAUUAUUGCACACCCGAAUAGGGUUUCGUACCUUGAAACUUCCGCUGACGGACGAUUCAUCUUUACAUGUGGGAGCAUAGAUCAGGUGGUGAACGUCUGGGAUGUGCAGACCAAUGUCAUCAACACAGCCGAGAUCCUGGGUGGAACUGGGUGCGAGCCGUAUAUUAAUCUACUGAACGGCGGAAAAUCUGGAGAUUUUUAUGGAAAUUUGGUGGAUUAUUUUUACUACUCGCAACUUCGAACCUUAGGUGAAAACAUGACAAGGUCACGAUGUUUAUCAGCUCACGUGCCCCUGGCUGAAAUCCCCAACUUGAUGCGUGCUCUUGGAUUCUAUCCCUCUGAAAUCGAAAUCACGCGCAUGAUCUCUGAAAUCAAAUACUCUAGAUUUCGUGCCAGUGGGGAGCUGCAAUAUGAAAUCGCAAUUGAAGAUUUUAUUCGACUGUACAUCAAUCAUCGCCCUGUCGAUAUUGCCAGGACUGACCGUGACUUAAUAGCACCUGGUUUUCAAGACUUGGUUCGCUUAUCAGCAGGCCUGGGGAAAGAUUCCAUUGAUUUAUCGUGGCAAACUUUCGAGAAGAUCCUGUGUGGCCAUGGUGAAAAGUUUUCGGCGAGUGAAUUGCAGUCCUGUCUGCGCUCAUUAGUCGGCAAUGAAUCGCCAAGGAACAAGGUAUUUGGCGCAUCGGAAUUCGAAGAGCAGGUCCUUGGUCUGAUGUAGACUGUGCAUCGCAAUCGCAAGCACGAGAUUUUCAGCCUUUGCCGCCACGGCAGAUGUGCCGGCUAUGAGCCCCAAGAAAGGCACCUGGCUCAUGGACCGCCAUUUCGGAGCACCGGGAUGAGGCUUCUGCGCGUUUUGUCCCUUUCCUUGCAAGCGAAGCAUGGGCCUAGACUAGCAGCGUGCGUGGAUGGAGAGAGGGGGGGUGUCCAGCUGAUGCCAACCAAGAUAGGUCUUAACAGCUUGUGUAACCUCGAGCAAUGUC